AUGGAUGAGAAAAAUUUCACCAAAGUGAAGGACUUCAUCCUUUUAGGGUUGACAGCAGACUUGGAGUUACAGCGAAUUCUCUUUUUCAUCUUCCUCAUCAUUUAUGUCAUCAGUCUCUUAGGGAACAUCACACUGGUUUCUCUGAUCUGUGCUGAUUCCCGGCUCCACCUACCCAUGUAUUUCUUCAUUGGAAACUUAUCCUUUCUGGAUCUCUGGUAUUCUUCUGUGUAUGCCCCCCAAAUCCUGAUGACCUGCAUCUCUGAGGACAAAAGCAUCUCCUUUGCUCGCUGCUUGGCUCAGUUCUUCUUUGCUGCUGGGCUGUCCUGUAGUGAAUCCUACCUGUUGGCUGCCAUGGCUUAUGACCGCUAUAUGGCCAUCUCCAGCCCUCUGCUUUAUUCCCAGGCUAUGUCCCUGAGGUUGUGUAUUAGUCUUGUGGCAGCUUCGUACAUUGGUGGUUUUGUGAACUCAGCCAUCAUCACCACUGAGACAUUUACUCUGAGCUUCUGUGGCAGCAACAUCAUUGAUGAUUUCUUCUGUGACCUGCCCCCACUUGUAAAGCUGGCGUGUGAUGUGAAGGAGAGUUAUCAGGCUGUGCAGUAUUUUAUUGUGACUUCCAAUGUCAUCGCUCCCACUGUACUUAUUCUCGCCUCCUACCUCUUUAUCAUUGCAGCCGUCUUGAAGAUCCGCUCCAUGCAGGGCCGCCUCAAGGCCUUCUCCACGUGUGGCUCUCACCUGGCGGCUGUCACCUUGUAUUAUGGUACUCUUCUCUUCAUUUACUCCCGGCCGAGCUCUAGCUAUGCCCUAGAACGGGAUAAAGUGGUGUCAGUGUUCUAUACUGUGGUGAUUCCAAUGUUGAACCCUUUGAUCUAUAGCUUAAGAAAUAAAGAUGUCAAAGAUGCCUUGAAGAAAAUGUUAACUAGAAUUAAGUUUUCUUAA